CGCGGCGGUGUGCGGUGCUGGAAAGGCUGGGCGGGGGGCCUCGAACAAGGAGAGUUUGCGGAAACUUGUCGGCACUGAGAGCAUCAUGAGAAUAGAUGCAUCUAUGAAGACCCCCGGGCUCCCUCGAUUAAUAGGCAUGUCGAUCCAAACUCCAGCAGCCCUCAGCUCAGCGCCCAGCACACCAGCACCGAGCAAACCCAGGACGUCUUGCCACGCAGUCUAUCCCAAGAUCCUCUUUUCCAAAAACCCCAAGCCCCUCAAGAUGCUCUUCAACCAGGUCACCGCCAUCCUCUACCUCUCUGUCGGCUUCGCUUCGGCCGUAGACAUCACCUUGAACGCCGACACCUCAUGCAGAGAUACAAGCCUCCCAAAGUACACCUGCAGAUAUAUCGGCACCAACAAGUGCUGCCUCAGGGAUAGCAUUUUGGUGAGGAGCGUCUACUUCAAAAUGAACCGCAAGCUGCAAGUACGGGGUCACGACACCGGCCGUUGCGACAGAGUCGCCAUACGCCGCAACGGAGACCCGGGGCAUUGCAUGACCGGACGCUACUUUACCGGCGCCGGCUGGAGCAAUCCCACUCUGCGCAGGCGCGGUGUCCCCGAGGAACGCGACUCGGAGCAGUGCCCCGUUGGAAACGAGGAGUGCCAGGGAGUCGUCCGCCCCGACCUCUCUCCGUCGCCGGCGCCGACUAUGACGUCUCGGGCCUGA